UUCAGGUCGACUGGAUCAGGGAGCUCCGUCCUCGUAGUGAAAGUGAAGUCGAGGAUGUUAUUGACCUGGGGAGGCCGCCUGUUGAUUUUGACCAUCAAUAACACAACAACACCUUCGUAGCUGGUUAUUUUAACGCACACAACAGACUCUCUCCUCCUCUUCUCAUUCCCCUCCACGUCUCGUCUUACUGCGUCUCGUCUAACUGCUACUUCAUUUUCAUCCAUACCAUACCUCCUGAGUACUCGAAACACCACCUAGAUGGAGAGCACGAAGCGAAUCAGAAGCCUCCUCAAGGAGGUCGAGAACAAGGACGAACAGAUCGAGACUUUAAACCAAAAGAUCCAGGAACAACACCACCUGGUGAGGUCUUUCGACCAAGAAAUCGCCCUCUACCGCGAAGAGCGGCGAGGAUGGGCCGAACAAGGAGAGGAGAGCCUCCUCAAAUUGUCUCUUCGAGAACAAGUCGAAGAGCUCAAGAGGCGCCUCUCCAGAGCCAUCCAUAUGGCCGACGUUGCAGAAACGCAGGCCAUCGCGGCAAACACCACUGUGGAGCUCGAAAAAGCUCGCAGAGAUGCGGCCAACGCCGAGUCCAUCGAAAUGGCUCGGGCAGAAGAGCAACAACAGAGAGCUCUGGCAAUCGAGGCCGCAAAGUCUGCCGCAAAGGAGACCACGGGGGAGGAAGAUAGCAGCGAAAGUGAGGUAUCGGAUGCAGACGACGACGAGGCUCCGACCUAUCAACCACCCACUUUCGCGCCGUCGACCUCAUACCAGCCUCCUAAGUACCAGCCAUGGCGGCAGCAGUAUCAAGCGCAGAGCACGCAGCAGACAACGGGUCUGCUGUACAAAUCUCUCUCUGCAACUGUGCUGCCGGCCGCUGGUACGCCCACAACGGCGUCCGCUAUCUCGCCAUCCGCACCCAAGGUCUUUGAUGGUUCGCUUCCCUCCUCUUCCCGUUCGCCGGUCUAUACUCCUUCUCCCUCUUGCAGCCAACAGCAGGUGCCGCAUGGGCAAGCGGUCGAGGUCAGUUCGCUGCCUCGGCCGGCUUUGCCUGGUAAGCCGGACCUGGAGAGGCAGAUCUGUGUGCCGCCGAAGGAGUAUAGAGACAAGUGCAUCGGAACGGAGAGUACCCCAGGGAAGGUCUAUCAAGACAAGUCCGUCGGUACAGAACCUGUCCAAGGGAAGGAGUACGCUGAUAAGUGCGUGGGGACUGACUUUGACGUCCUCACAACCCCUAUCCCGCAAGCUGGAGACGGGGAAGCCAUGGGCAUCUCAGCCCAGGGGCCAAUUCCCCUCCCCGACUCCAUGGACUUGUACGACGACUCAACGAUGGCAGAUGCGUUGGAAAGCCUACCGACUCCGUCGGUUCUGCCACUCUCGGAGAGACCUGCCCCUCUUUAUGAGGGACUACAGGCAAUCUCCUGGCCUUGCCAGAGAGGAGGGCAUGGGAGAGUGACGAAACGUCAACUCGUUCCGCAGCGCUCGAAGAACCCGCGCGAUUUGGUUCGCAUCACUUUGGAUGCGACCAAGCGACGGGGCCUGGUCAGGGCAGUCUUCGAAGACGCCAUCGUGUUGAGCGCUCUCCCAGUGACCCGGUUUGAACCUGGUUAUGUUGCGUGUGAUAGCCAAGUCCCGCAACAACAGCCAUACACGGAGCCAGCGGUAGUAUCCAACGAAGGGCCAGACUCCGAGUCUGGGAUAUCGACCGCACAGAACUGCCUGCCGACAAUCCACCAGGCUGAACCAGAGACGCCUUGGGCCAAUGCUGCUGGCAGCAACCCAGGUCUCGGAGUGUUAGCGCCUGCCGACAGUCCCUCAGGCAGUUCUGUCCCCGAAAUCACUGCCGCGACGUAUCAAGAGGUCGCUUGCCAAACGGAGGGACCCUCGAUGAAUUCCACUGGAGUUCAGACGGCGGGAAGUGUUAUGACUUCCAGCCAGACCCAGACAUUGGGGGCUUCCACGACCUCAAGUGGCACGCAGACGCCAGCGCGUUCCGUCGCUACUGCUGCCACUCAAACCCAGGAACGUCCAGUGAUUUCGGCCGGUACCAUGACUCAGUAUUCCGUGGAGUCUCGCGCAUGCCAGAGCGAGGAGCGCCCAGAGCCGCCGGAGAUCCGCGUUAAGCGUCACAUAAUCGUCUCCGAGUUGGUCCAGUCGGCGAGCAAUCGCAUCAGGCUGCAGACCGGCCUGGGUGCGAGAAACGGGCGUCUUCGGUUCUUGACACCGGCCCCGUUGCUCAAGGGAAAUAAGGAGCGUCCUGCUGCUCUCCAGCAGGGACAAUUGCCAGGCCGCCAACCGAUCCCUGCUGUCAAGAAAGUCGACCGAUCCUCGCGCCAAAACCGCCAAGCUCAAACGGAUACAGACAAGCUUUCUGGCGAGAAACGCCAGCAAGUGUCCGAGCUCGACGGCUGCAGGGACCGGCGAUGGAAUCGGCAGUGGAUCUUCCUGGCCCUCCUUGUUCUCUUCCUCGUCCUCUGGAUCGCCAACCUCGAGGUUGAGGCCCAGGACUGCCGUUUGUGGUUCGAAGCUAACGACGUGGCCCGCCGGGCGGUUAUCGCACGUCGACGGAAUGUCACUCCGCAGCCGCUGUGGACGUUCGCCCCCGAGCAUACUUUUUUCUAGAUGGGCUUGGAGAGUGUGGGGGAAGGGGACAUUCAAUAUACGCUCGCAUGCCGUGGUGAGAUGGCCUCUGCGAACUACAGUACGGAGUACUCUAUGG